UAGACAUGAGAAAGGACGCUCAGUUGUAGCUUAGGAAACUUUAUGUAACUUUAGUGAGUUUGAGAACUUGGCCGAAACUUUCUGAAUAUCUGAAGAGAAGAAUGGAGCCGAUAACAAAGUGGACAGCGACUCAGGUUGCGGACUGGAUCAGAGGGCUGGACGACAGUCUCCAGCAGUAUGUUCCUAACUUCGAGAGAGAGAAGAUCAAUGGAGAGCAGCUUCUGAAGAUUUCCCAUCAGGAUCUGGUGGAGCUGACAGUGACCCGUGUCGGCCAUCAGGAGCUGAUUCUGGAGGCUGUGGAUCUCCUCUGCGCAUUGGUCAGUACUUCAGCUGCCCCAAAAGCUCACUCCCGUCCAGAUAGGAUUUUGCUUCCACACAUCCAAUCAGAUUUCCCGGAGAAACCUUGUCCGAUCAUAUUUAUCUCCAUCAGGAAGACUCCCCUGACAGGAAUCAGUGACUUUACAUCAACCAAAAACAAGAUAAUUCAGCUCUGUCUGGAACUGACCACAACUGUCCAGAAGGACUGCACAGUGUUUGAAAUGGAGGAGAAGAUAUUAGAAGUGUCACAAGUUUUGACCGGAAUUUGUGAUUCCACCAUGAGGAUGACCUCUGACCCCUUGAAGAGUCAAAUUACCUGUUUGGAGGAAGUCAGCAUCACUAAUAUCAAAGCAGGCGAGGGACUGGGAAUGUAUAUCAAAUCCACUUACGAUGGGCUACACGUCAUCACCGGAACUACGGAAAAUUCUCCAGCAGACAGAACUCAGAGGAUUCAUGCAGGCGAUGAGGUGAUUCAAGUCAACGAACAAACAGUGGUGGGCUGGCAGUUGAAGAAUCUGGUGGAAAAGCUCAGAGAAGAUCCUCAGAAUGUGACACUGAUGGUGAAGAAAAGACCAUCAGGUACUUGUGGCUUCACACCCGCACUGCUGAAGAACAUGCGCUGGAGACCCCCGGCCAUCCAGAGCCCAUCGUAUGUGCCUGCCACCCAGUCAUCCAGAAAUCCUGUGCAAAUCAAUCGUCCGGAGAAACCUGCAAUUUUAGAUCUCUAUAUUCCUCCUCCUCCUUCCAUGCCAUACAGCCCACGAGAUGCAGAGACGAGUGAACACGCAAGCGUGAAGAUGAGACCAAAAGGUUCAGAGUCGCCCAACUCAUCUCUGGAUUUAGUUAGUAGACGGCGUUCAAAUAUCAGCGACUACAACAGCAAACUUAGCAUAAACCCACCUGAGGUCAGAGUACCACAAGCACGACUGAGACAGCGGACCCCAUCUAGAGGGAAGCCGCGUCCCAUGUCCAUGCCGGUAGACACUUGCCUGGGAGUGUCGGACUCCUCCUCCAGACCCUGGGCUCUUGGAAGGAAAGGUGAUGAGGCCUUGCACAGGUAUCUGAGUAACGAACAGAUCCCCACCAUCUCAGAAGAGUCGCCCUGUUACCCGCUGCCCUACCGCCCCACAGGAGAACGCCAACUCGUCCGAGGGGUCGACCACAUCCGCGGCAGCCAGUGUUUUAUCAACGCAGACCUACACAACAGCUCCACCAUACCCUACCAGGAAGCCGUGGCUCGGAAGCCUGCAGCCAAAUCUUCCAAGAGACCCCCCUCAGAACCCUCACUGUUCAGCAGCUGGAUCGCCCGACUCAAGCUGCUCACACACUGAAUGCGCUGCUGCUGGUUGUCUGCUAUCCGUGUGCAGUAUUAAAAGUAAAAUCCGGAAUGUUCCACAGGAUCUGAAAUGAGGAUCUGUUGAGAUUCAGUAUUAAAGACAUCCUCAGUGUAAUGCCUGUUACUUUAUUUAAGGUUUCAUCAGCAUUAAGGACACUACUGAAAACUCUUUCUCUGAUAAAUCAGGUCUUUAAAAGGAUUUUUCACUUGGAACUGUGUUAUCAAUAAGUUAUUUAAUUUGUGCAUAUAUUGUAUAUUAUAGAUACACGUUCAGCAUAU